AUGGGUAAUAAAAAUAAUCGUAUACAAGACGAAGAAGAGUAUAUAAAAGUUUAUUUGGAGUUAAAUUAAACAAAAUUAUCGUUGGAGUAAAAUUUAUAAGGCAAAGUUAUCUUCAAAGUUCCACCCUAAAUAUAAGGGUAGUUUGAUUUGAAUUUAAAGGUAUAUUUAUUUAUCCUAAUUAGAUUUAUGGUCUUGAAAAUGCUUAUUAUAACUUCAAAGAAAAAAAUAAAAGCCUUUAUUAAUAUUCUGUGAAGAAUCAUGAAUUCUUUGAGAAGACUGUAAACCUGGUUUAAAAUUAAAGGUAAAAACAUUAUUAAAUGCCAUUUAAGAAUUUAAGUUGACGAAUAUCUGUUCGUAGCCUUUGAUUGGAACCCAGAGAUUUCAAUUCCUUCUCUCGAUUACAAAUAUAGUGCUGACUUGAUAGUCUCUAGAGAGUAUAUAUUGGAGGCUAUAUUAAUUGUUAAAAAUUAAAGAAAUAAACAAUUAUUGUAGAAGUGCCAAUAAAAGAUUUUAAUUUAUAAAGAUUCUAAUGGAUUUAAAUAAUAACUGAGAUCUUUGAAAAAUUCUGAGAAAAAGAAUCAGAAAGUAGAUGCAAUAACAACAUAUAAAUGGUUUAGAUAACAAAAAGGGGUAAUAGAUUUAAUUCAAAAUUAGUUAGUUUUUGUAUCGUUUGAGGCUGAUAAAUCUGAAAUUGUUAAUGGGGAUUAUUUAAAUGUGACUGCAGACGUAGAUAACACGUUUGGAUAUCUAAAUAUAUAAUCUGCAAAAAUAUUAUUCUAUUUAGAAUUUAUUAUAAAAGAAAAGUUUUUAUAAGGAAUGCCUAAAGUAUUAAUGUGUGAAGAGAAGCUAGAAGAAAAAGAGCAGAAUAGAUAUUUUGGGAAGAUGAAUUUUUAAAUAACUGACAAAUUAAACCUACCUUAUGAAUCAGUUUCUGAAAGAGUAGGUUGCAGAUGUAUUGUCGUUUUAUAAUUGAUUUUUGAAUGUAAAAAUAUUACUAUUCAGCAGAACUUUGUUUAGGAUCAGGAGUUGAUAAUGUGGAAUUUAUACUCCCUUACAUGUAAUAUUGUAGAGACAAUAAGGACAAUGCAGAACCAUAUUUGGAAUGCUAGGCAGAAAUAAAAAACAUAGAUAGUCUCAACAAGUUUAUGAGUCCACAUUAUCAAAUUCUAUCUUAAAGACAAACAAUUUAAAUUGAGGAAAAAGAAUUUUUAUAGAAUAGAGAAACUAGAGUGGCAUAGGAAUCGUAAAUUCUCAUAAUGAAAGAAUGA